UGAUUAUAGCUGGAAAGCUAGCUAGCUAGCAUUGCUUUUGCCAUGGAGCUAAAAGAUCCUGUGUGAACUGGUAGUUAGCUAACCAGCUGUAUAUCCACUGUACCAUUCACUCAGUCAGCGAUAAGGAGGCUAGCUGGCUAACUUAAUGUGUCCGGACACAUUUUGCGAUGUGCAAUGAAUUGGUGGCAAAAUUAUCUCAGACACGCAAUCUGGAAGUGAUGACUGGAGACUGGGAGGUCUGACGCCAUGAACCUGGUCCGGCUGCUUUGUCGCCACAAGACGGCCCUGGGCAUCGGGGGGCUGUUCGUCUUCGCCGUGGUCCUCCUCUUCCUGGCCAAGUGCACCUCGGAGACCCUGAGGCCCGCGGAGUCGCCCGGCUCCGCCCCCCGCUCGGACCUCCACGCGGAGCGCCGGGCGUCCCAGCCCAAGGAGCUGUCCGCCUUCCUGGUGGUGCUGAUCACCACGGGGCCCAAGUACACGGAGCGCCGCAGCAUCAUCCGCAGCACCUGGCUGUCGGCGCGCGACCCGGACGUCCUCGGCCUGUUCGUGGUGGGCACCGCGGGCCUGCCGCCCGACGACCUGCAGAACCUGGGCACGGAGCAGGUGCGCCACCGCGACCUCCUCCUGCUGCCCGAGCUGCGGGACUCCUACGAGAACCUGACGCUCAAGCUGCUGCACAUGUACGGCUGGCUGGACCAGAACGUGCGCUUCAAGUUCGUCCUGAAGGCCGACGACGACACCUUCGCCCGGCUGGACCUCAUCAAGGAGGAGCUGCGGGCGCGGGAGCCCGCCCGCCUCUACUGGGGCUUCUUCUCCGGCCGCGGGCGGGUGAAGACGGCCGGGAAGUGGAAGGAGAGCACCUGGGCCCUCUGCGACUACUACCUGCCCUACGCCCUGGGCGGCGGCUACGUCCUGUCGGCCGACCUGGUGCACUACGUGCGCCUGAACGUGGGCUACCUGAAGGCGUGGCAGAGCGAGGACGUGUCGCUGGGCGCCUGGCUGGCGCCCGUGGACGUGCGGCGCGUGCACGACCCGCGCUUCGACACCGAGUACAAGUCGCGCGGCUGCAACAACCGGUACCUGGUGACGCACAAGCAGAGCCUGGAGGACAUGCUGGAGAAGCACCAGACGCUGCAGAGGGAGGGCCGGCUGUGCAAGGAGGAGGUGAAGCUCCGCCUCUCCUACAUCUACGACUGGAACGUCCCACCCUCGCAGUGCUGCCAGCGCAAGGACGGCAUCCCCUGAGGCACCCUCCUGCGUCCUGACCCCUCUUAUUUAUUUAUUUAUUCACUUACUCACUCCAGCCUCGCUUCCGCCCGGUUGUCAUGGUAACACUCCUCUGUGUGGCCUUCCUCUUCCCCCUGGACCGCCGGGGCAGGAAGUGUCCUGCGAGGACAGCGAGUGCGGAUUGGCGAUAUACGCUCUCUCUCUGUCUCCCCACUACCCGCCCACCUUGCUUUCCAAGGUCUCUGUAGUGAUGUGUUGUGGCUGCUGUCUGUUAGUUUGGGGCCCGUGCAAAGGAGCUUGUGGGCCCUACAAGCAGAGCACACUCGUUUGGCACACCUCUGUGUUGGGUUUUGUAUUUUGGAUUUGUUCCAGCGCGAUACAUGCCUACAUACUGUACAUACAAGCACAUACAUUCUGUACACACACUCACGCAUCCAAAGUUGUUUGUUGGCUGGCGUGGUGUUGUAUUCAAUGGCUGAUUCACAUUAAGCUUGAAGAACUAUGAGCAGAGCCAGACAGUGGGUUAUAGCCUUUUAAUUUGGCUUUUAAAGGCUGUCGUCGGGGAUUUGCCCAGAGACUUGAAAAGUGGCAUGAUGGUCCAAUUUGAAGUCGGCUGAUAUUUCAAACCCUGUGAUGAAAUGACUAGGUUUCCUUUUUGGGGAAAUUAAAAACAGAACCAUUUGCAGCUUUUACUGUGUGGACCUUUUGUUUUGUUCUGUUACCUAAAACGUUGCCAAAAGCUUUUUAUUUAAGUGGUUUAAAAAAAAAAGAAGAGAAAACAAGUACAAGGAUAUGACAUGCUUCAAUGUAAUUUAGGAAAUUGGUGCUCUAGGGACAUUUUGUCAUUAAAAUGUUUUUAAAAGUCCUGAUAUAUAUAUAUAUUUUUUUUUUUUUCAUUUGAAGUCCCUGUGAUGAAAUGUAAUGUAAAUGAGUUUUUGGUUGAGGAGAAAGUCUCCAAACAGGGGCAUCAAUGAAACAACGUGGAAACCGUUGGCAAAGGCACUAAUCUGUCACUAAUCCCAUGCAGUGGGAACGUAAAUGAAUGAACAUGAAUCUUGAAAGCAGGUACUGCAUUAUUGCCUGGCCAGAUAAUAAUGUUGCCCACAGUAAUGCUAUGGAGUACAGAUAUCAUUGUGUUUUAGUCAGGGUAGACCAAUACUAAAGGUAAUAGUUUGUCUUGUCACAGAAAUAUGCGUUAUGUUCCAAAGUUCCAUCACCUUGCAUAUUGUAACGUCAGUAAGCUAAGACGAGCCAUGUACACGUGUAUUUGUGUGUGUUCAGCCAGUUGAAAACCAAGACUUGAAAUUGCAAAUAUGUGGAGUCGACAAAAAAAUGAGGGUUCGGGGGGUGGUUUUCAUAAAGUGUUGUGUAUUAAGCUGCGUGUGUAAUUAUGUUUCCAUUUCUUUCCUUUGUUCGCUGCCUGUAUAUUAAACGCAACUCGAAUUUC